GUGGUGCCGGAGAAGGGAGGCUGCGCCUGCGCGGGAAGUCAAGGCCAGGCGUGCGAGUGGGGCGGUCCUCCCCCGCAGGCGUCCGGAGUGGGCCGGAGGACAGAUCCCUCAGAAGCGGCGCCGAGGCCAGAACCGCUGCGGGUCUCUGGCCUGGGUCAGUGACGAGCCCUGGGACCCGGCUGGGCCCGGCCUGGUGGUCCCAUCGGCAUCCAACGUGAACCUCUCGGGGAACGACACCCGACUAGGUCCCUGCCCCUGGUUUCGGGAUGUACCCGGCAGGUGUGCGGGAGAGCGAGGCCUGGGCUUGGCGUGUGUGACCCACAGACCUCGCGGGGGAAGGUUUUCUAUCAGAUGAUCCAUCGUAAUAAUGCUGGAGUUAAGGAGUCUCCAUUCCUUUGCUUGGAACCAGAAGACUUUUUCCCCUGCAUGUAGAGUAGGAGUAAUGUUGGUUAGAAACUGGCUGGUGUUUAAAACUGAAGAUUGUCAUGACUGUUUAACCUAAGCUCCAUGCUGAAGUAAGAUUAAUUGUCUUGGAAAUACUAAAUUGGGGUAACCCAAAUCUGUUUCUGGAACCAUGAAAAUUUUGUUGGUUUUUGACUUUGACAAUACAAUCAUAGAUGAUAAUAGCGACACCUGGAUUGUACAAUGUGCUCCAGAGAAAAAGCUUCCUAUUGAACUACAAGAUUCUUAUGAAAAAGGAUUUUGGACAGAAUUUAUGGGCAGAGUCUUUAAGUAUUUGGGAGAUAAAGGUAUAAGAGAAGAUGAAAUGAAAAGAGCAAUGAUAUCAAUGCCUUUCACUCCAGGGAUGGUGGAACUUCUAAACUUUAUAAGAAAGAACAAGGAUAAAUUUGACUGCAUCAUUAUUUCAGAUUCAAAUUCAGUCUUCAUAGAUUGGAUUUUAGAAGCUACCAAUGUUUGUGACGUGUUUGAUAAAGUCUUUACAAAUCCAGCAGCUUUUGAUAGCGAUGGUCAUCUCACUGUGGAAAAUUAUCAUGCUCAUUCUUGCACUAGGUGCCCCCCAAAUCUUUGCAAAAAUGUAGUUUUGGUAGAAUUUGUAGGUAAACAGUUACAACGAGGAGUGAAUUAUACACGAAUUGUUUAUAUAGGUGAUGGCGGAAACGAUGUCUGUCCAGUAACCUUUUUAAAGAAGAAUGAUGUUGCCAUGCCACGGAAAGGAUAUACUUUACAGAAAACUCUUUCUAGGAUGUCUCAAAAUCUUGAGCCUAUGGAGUCUUCUGUUGUAUCUUGGUCUUCAGGUGUUGAAAUAAUUUCUCAUUUACAAUUUCUAAUAAAGGAGUAAUACGCCAAUAAUUGAAAUGUGUAUCAGUUAAGACUAAAUACAGCAGCAUAAAACUAAAACCCCAAAUAACAGUGGCUUUAAAAAAAGAAAAAAAGUUUUCCCUCUCACUUAGAAGAAUUUCAGAGUUAAGUAUCUCAAAGUUUCUGUGUUGCUCUACCAACCUCAGCACUUGACUUCCAAUUUAUGAUCCAAGAUUGCUGUUCAAGCUCCUUCCCUCACAUCAACUUUCUGGCCAACAAGGAGGACAGUGAGAGAGAAGGUUGCAUCCUCAUUUAAAUUUCACUGGCCAAUACUUAGUCACGAUGCUCCUUCCUAACUGUAAGGAAGGAUGAAAAAUAUAGCUUUUAUUUCAGAUGGUCAUAUGCCUGGGAAAAAUGGAAAAAAGUAGAGUACAAAACUGAGGUAAGUGCAACUAGUGGACUCUACCAAAGAUGGUUAAUAGGUAGCUUAUAUUUUUAAAUUUAUUCCCAGAGAGAAUAGUCUUAUAUUUUACUUUCUUUGGUAUUUAUUUCCAAAGUAUGUCUAGCAGUUACAGAUCUUCAAAAUAAGCCUAAUGCUUAGUUCACGUAAGAAUACACUAUUUCCAAAUCAGUUAAUUUUAGACAUAGGGAUGCAGUAUCUAUUGCCCAAGUGUUCAUUAAUUUCACACUUUCCUUUUGAAAUGAAAUACAAAUUACUGUUCUUCAAGUAUUUUAAAUUUAUAUCAUUAUUACAGACUGUAACUCCAGAAUGCUGAUUUAAUCAGUAUGUUUUUUCUGUUUGGCAAUGAAAUAUUGAGUGAUACAAUAUAUAGUUUGUAGGAAUACUCAACAUUUUAAGAAACUGUUUCAUGUAGGGAUAUUAGCAAGAUAUCAGCUGACCUAGAAAGUUGUACAGUACUGUGUUAAUUUCUAGGCUCACAUGUUUUAGGCAUAAAUA